CAUGACCCAGACCCUCAAGCUCGCCUCCAGACUGUUCCGUCGAGGCCGCUCUGUCCCAGAGCCGGGCCCCUUGCUGGGCUCCAGAGGCUUCGGCUCAGCACCCCGGAGCUUGGCGGACAUCCCGGGUCCCUCGGUGCCCGGCUUCCUCGCAGAGCUUUUCUGCAAGGGGGGGCUGUCGCGGUUGCACGAGCUGCAGGUGCAGGGCGCCGCGCGCUUCGGGCCGGUGUGGCGGGCCCGCUUUGGGCCGGUGCGCACCGUGUAUCUCGCGGCCCCGACGCUCGUCGAGCAGCUGCUGCGCCAGGAGGGGCCCCUGCCCGAGCGCUGCGGCUUCUCGCCCUGGACGGAGCACCGGCGCCGCCGCCAGCGGGCCUGCGGGCUGCUCACCGCGGAGGGCGAAGAGUGGCAGAAGCUCCGCAGCCUCCUGGCCCCGCUCCUCCUCCGGCCGCGGGCGGCCGCGCGCUACGCGGAGCCCCUGGACGGCGUGGUCCGCGACCUCGUGCGGGGCCUGCGGCGCCAGCGGGGACAGGGCGCCGGGCCGCCCGCCCUCGUGCGGGACGUGGCGGGCUUGUUUUACAAGUUCGGGCUGGAAGGCGUCGCCGCGGUGCUGCUGGGCUCGCGCCUGGGCUGCCUGGACGCCCAAGUGCCCGCGGACACCGAGGCCUUCAUCCGCGCCGUGGGCUCCGUGUUCGUGUCCACGCUCCUGACCAUGGCGAUGCCCAGCUGGCUGCGCCGCCUGGUUCCCGGGCCCUGGGGCCGCCUCUGCCGGGACUGGGACCAGAUGUUCGCCUUCGCCCAGCAGCACGUGGAGCGGCGCGAGGCCGACGCAGCCCUGCGGGCGGGAGGGCGCGAGGAGGACGCGAGCCCCGGGGCGCACUUGACCCACCUCCUGCUCCGCGAGAAGCUGCCGGCCGCGUGCAUCCUGGGGAUCGUCACGGAGCUGCUCCUGGCUGGAGUGGACACGGUGUCCAAUACACUCUCCUGGGCUCUGUAUGAACUCUCCCGGCACCCCGAGGUCCAGACUGCACUCCAUUCUGAGAUCACUGCGGCCCUGGGCCCUGGCUCCUGUGCCCACACACCCGCCAAUGCCCUGUCCCAGCUGCCCCUGCUGAAGGCCGUGGUCAAAGAAGUGCUGAGAAUGUACCCUGUGGUACCUGGAAAUUCUCGUGUCCCAGACAAAGACAUUCGUGUGGGUGACUAUAUUAUCCCCAAAAAUACGCUGGUCACGCUGUGUCACUAUGCCACCUCAAGGGACCCUGCCCAGUUCCCAGAGCCAGAUUCGUUCCGUCCGGCUCGGUGGCUGGGGGAGGACCCAGCCCCACACCCCUUUGCUUCUCUCCCCUUUGGCUUCGGCAAGCGCAGCUGUAUGGGGAGGCGCCUGGCAGAGCUGGAGCUGCAGAUGGCUCUGGCCCAGAUCUUGAUCCACUUUGAGGUGCAGCCCGAGCCAGGCGCUGCCCCAGUCAGACCCAUGACCCGCACGGUCCUUGUUCCUGAGAGGAGCAUCAACCUACAGUUUGUGGACAGAUAGUCCUGUGGAAGGAAGCUGUCAUCGCCACC